UCUGGGAGGCUGAGCGGCCGCAGUACCGGCGCCCGCAGCCCCGUCAGCCGCACACCGGCAGCGGAGGGGACGUGCCGGGGCGAGGGCCGCUCGGCAACUGCUUCCAAGGCGGGAGGACCACGCCGGCGUUGCGACCUCUCAGCAGCCGGCGCUCGGGGGCCGGGGCUGCCCGACAGGACCCCGGGGGGCCCGGGAAGCCAGGCUGCUGCGAGGCUUUGAUGAAAAAGGAUGACAGUGAAGUUGGGAGACGGCGGCGGCGGGGAGGAAGGGCUCAAGAGGCUGGGCAAGAGGUCGGCCGAUGAGGACUCGCUGGAAGGAGAGGGGCCCGGCGGCGGGGACGCGGCCGAGGAGAGCGGUGGCACAAAGAGGGACGGCAAGACCCCCCGGGACGGCGGCGACGGCCCCCAGGCCCCCUCGGGCGGCCCGCAGGCCCCGUCCCCACCGCCCGCCUGCCCCCAGGACCAGCACCACUUCCUCAGGUCCAGCGUGAGGCCGCAGAGCAAGAGGCUCAGGAAGGACUCGUCCUGCGCCGGGGGGAGCAGCAGCGCGGGCAGCUCAGGGCCCCGCGGAAAAGGAGCUGACGGUGGCGGAUCAUCAGCUGGAAAUGGGUCCGGGGUUGCCCCCGCCGCCCCUGCAGGGGGCUCUCGCUCCUCCUCCCGGAACUUAGGGUCUUCAGGCGGUGAGAAGGAAGAAGGCAAGAAGGUGCGGCGGCAGUGGGAGUCGUGGAGCACAGAGGACAAGAACACGUUCUUCGAGGGGCUGUAUGAGCAUGGGAAAGACUUUGAAGCGAUUCAGAACAACAUUGCUCUGAAAUACAAGAAGAAAGGCAAGCCCGCCAGCAUGGUGAAGAACAAGGAGCAGGUCCGGCACUUCUACUACCGCACGUGGCACAAGAUCACCAAGUACAUUGACUUCGACAACGUGUUCUCUCGCGGGCUGAAGAAGUCGUCCCAGGAGCUGUAUGGCCUGAUCUGCUAUGGGGAGCUGCGCAAGAAGAUCGGGGGCUGCAUGGAUGACAAGAACGCCACGAAGCUGAACGAGCUCAUUCAGGCUGGGGCCACCACAGUCCGGUACAAAGGGAGGAACCUGCGGAUCAAAGCGCCCAUGUGCCGUGCCCUGAAGAAGCUCUGUGACCCGGACGGCUUGAGUGACGAAGAGGACCAGAAGCCAGUGCGCCUGCCCCUGAAAGUCCCCGUAGAGCUGCAGCCACGAAACAACCAUGCCUGGGCCCGUGUGCAGAGCCUCUCACAGAACCCGCGGCUCAGGAUGAUCGUGGAGCUCCAUCGAAAGGUCUCCAGCCUCAUCGAGUUCCUGAAGCAGAAGUGGGCACUUCAUGAAGUGCGAGUUCGGAAGACGUUUGAGGAGCAGCAGCUGCAGGACUCGUUCACGGAGCCAUCGCAGGAGAAGGUGGCACUGCACCUGUUCCCGGGGGAGAACUGCACCCUGACCCCGCUGCCGGGUGUGGCCCGAGUGGUGCACUCAAAGGCCUUCUGCACAGUGCACUGGCAGGAGGGCGGCCGGUGCAAGCAGAGCACCAAGGACACCCACACGCUGCCCCCAGCCCAGAUUCUGGGCAUCCAGAGCGGGCAGGGCACAGCCAGGGGCCAGCUGAAGUGCCCACGGGGUGGCGCCGAGGCCAAGGGCGGGGGGCGGCCCCCUCCCUCCACCGACGCUUUGCAGAGCUCCGGGGAGAGUUCCCCUGAAAGUGCCCCUGGGGAGGGGGCCGCUGCAAAUUUCAGCAGCCCGGACGCCUCCGACAGGCUUCCCCCUGGGCUCCAGGAUGCUGGGGGACGGCUUGAGAAGACCCCUGCCGCCGCUGCUGCAGAGGGUGGGGACGGCCCUGCCCGAGAGCCCGGGGCCCUGGCAUGUGCCUGCGGCCAGCUCCCAGACCUGGAAGAUGAGCUCUCCCUCCUCGACCCCUUCCCCCGCUACAUGAAGUCCUGUCAGGACCUCAUCAUCCCUGAGCAGUGCCGCUGCACAGACUCACGGCCCUCAGGGUGCCCCUCCCCAGAGACCCUUGUCCCCAGCAGUGCAGAGGUGGCCGACCUCGCCCGGGCCAGGGCACCAUCCCCUGUCCGCGUCCCGCCCGGCCCAGAGCCUCAGCCCAGCCCCAGGCUCCAGCCGGACGUUUGCACUAAAGACUUGGCGGAUGCACCUGCGGAGGAACCCCAGGAGAAGACGAGCCCCUUGGACCCCCCGCCACCUCAGAGUCAGCCUGCCGCCAAGCCUCCGAAGGACGUCCCUGCCAGCCGGUUCGCCCAGCAGCUCCGCGAGGAGGGCUGGAACCUGCAGACCUCUGAAAGCCUCACGCUGGCCGAAGUCUACCUCAUGAUGGGCAAGCCCAACAAGCUGCAGCUAGAGUACGACUGGCUGGCAGUGCUGGGCCCUGAGGGCCAGGCCCCGGGAGGGCAGGCCCAGGGCUCCCGCGCCGGCUCCCUGCAUAGCACCUUCCACAAGCAGCGCCUCCUCAGCUGUCUCCUGAAGCUCAUCUCCACCGAGGUCAACCCCCGGCUGGCUCCAGAAGCGAACACUGGCUCCACGGCCUCAGUGAGGCCCGCCCAGGAGGAGCAGUCGACGACGCCCCCGGGGAAGGUGGUGACUGUCAGCUCCCGCAGCCCACGCUGCCCUCGAAACCAGGCUGCCCUCCGUCACGGCAAGACCUUCUCUCCCAGCUCCACACCUUGCUCCUCAGGUUUGAGAAACCCCCCGAGGCCCCUCUUGGUGGCCGGUCCCUCCAGUGCCGGAAGCGGUGACUCAGAUGGUGGCCUUUUUGCCGUCCCGACAACGUUGCCACCCAACAGCCGACACGGGAAGCUCUUCUCUCCCAACAAGGAAACAGAAUUGACGUUCCGUCAGCAUCUGAACUCCAUCAGCAUGCAGUCGGAUUUCUUCCUGCCAAAGCCCAGGAAGCUGCGGAACCGGCACCUGCGGAAGCCGUUGGUGGUCCAGAGAACACUGCUUCCUAGACCGUCUGAAAACCAGUCCCACAAUGUCUGUUCCUUCUCCAUCCUGUCGAAUUCUUCCAUAACUGGGAGAGGCUCCUUCCGGCCCAUUCAGUCCUCCCUGACCAAAGCGGCUCUGUCCCGGCCGAUUGUGCCCAAGGUCCUGCCACCCCAGGCCCCAGGCCACCUGGCCAGUAAGUCUCUGCGACUCUGCCCUGGCAUGAAAAUGAGGCCUGCACAUGGGCUGUCCCCUCUGGGGCGCAUUUCAGGACGUCAGGAGACAAAGACUUGCACGUUGCUUCUGUUGCCAGGCGCUAUCGACUUAGCAGCUAAAAGCGCCGGCAUCAUCCCUGGGAGCCCCCUCCCCGUCCUGGAUGCCGAUGGCUUGUCUGGCAUCUCCCCGCUGUCUUCAGAUGAGGUGACAGUGACUGUCUCGAGGCAGGACUCCACGGGCACCCACCAGAAUGGAGACCCCAUCCCCGCUGUAGGGGGCACGAACGACCCGUUCAUCAGUGUCCCCUCGAGGCAGGAGACGGUGGCAGACGGUUUCCAGAACUCGCCCGUUCUCUCCUUAUCUGAGCUGUCCAAGGCUCCUCUCCACAAUGGGCUCUCCACACCGUUGGCCUCGUCGGAGGCCUCCAGCACCCGGCUCUCUCCGCCCAACGUCUCUGCUCUGCUGGACAUCUCCCUGCCCGGCCCGCCCGAGGACGUGCUCUCGCAGGGAGAGCCUGCCACGCAGAUCAGUGACUCCAUCAUCGAGAUCGCCAUCAGCUCCGGCCAGUACAGUGAAGGAGUCCCUCUUUCUCCAGCAAAACUGAACGGCAGUGACAGUUCCAAGAGUCUCCCCUCCCCAUCCAGCAGCCCCCAGCCAGACUGGAUCGCCUCCCCGACCCACGACCCCCAGUGGUGCCCCAGCGACCCCACGGACUCCUCACUCAGCAGCUUGUUUGCGAGCUUCAUCUCCCCAGAGAAGAGCCGAAAGAUGCUGCCAACCCCCAUUGGGACCAACAGCGGCACCUCCCUUCUGGGCCCCAGCCUGCUGGAUGGCAACUCUCGCGACUCGUUUGUGUCCCGGUCCCUGGCUGAUGUCGCCGAGGUUGUGGAUUCCCAGCUGGUGUGCAUGAUGAAUGAAAACAGCAUCGAUUACAUAUCCCGGUUCAAUGAUCUGGCCCAAGAGCUGUCCAUCGCUGAGCCUGGCCGCCGAGAGGUUCUGUUUGAUGGCGGUGGAGGUGGCCCCCCGGUCGGUGACCUGUCCCAGUGACUGUGCCUCAUGGCUGGGGCAGCCCGGAGGCUGCGGAGGACAGCUUACAGGGUUGGUGGUCCUCAAACGUCAUAGGGGUAGCCCUCUUUAGAAGAGAGAAAACAAAUCAAGCCCAGACUCCCAGGAGACAGUCUGAACAGAGGCACCUCUGCACCCAGAACGGGCAACAUACAGACAGCCAUGUCCCAGCAGGCCGAGGCAGUGGUGGCCAGGCAAUGAGGGAGCGUCCUCGGCAAGGCCAGUGUCAGAUAUGGCCCUGGCGUCGGACCCAUCCCCUGCCAGGAGCAUGUGUUAGGGUCUGCACGGUACCCACGCUUCUGCCUCGGUCAUUGUGUCAGACGUUCCAGGGCGUUUUCUUUCUGAGAGGAAGGAGUGGUGGGCCUGGCUGUUGUUAUGGCCUCCCGCUCUCUGCAGGGAGGCUCCAGGGCACUGCUGCCUUCUUUGCGCCAAACCCACUCUCUGCUCCGGUUUUUCCCUCUGUGGUGCGAGGACAGGGAGGACAGCUGGGCAUGACCUGAGACAGCGGACACUGCAGAGGACACUCCAAUCGCGGGGCAGUGGGAGGGUCCUGGGGCAGCGCAACUGGUGCCACCUCCCCAGAAAUCCUGACCAUGGCCUAGUGCUUCCUCAUCUGGAGCUUUUGUUCUGACUGACUCAACAGGAAGGGAGAAAAGAAUCAUGUCUUAGGCGGGUUGUGUGGACUUUUAAAAAAAUCCCGCUAAGCUGGUCGGAAAAUGUUUUUCUCGUAUUUUGAGAAUUAGGAGACAUUGGAGAGGAAGAACAGGGUUCCUGUUUAGUUGGUUUCUUCGCUGCGUCUAUCUGCACGUUUCUUCUCGGUGAUCUGAGAUGUUAUUUCUCUCUAUUAGGGUAAUCCCCAAGCACUCAUUCGACUACAGAUAAGACUUUCCUGAUGAUCUUGAACUUCUAACAUGUUCCUGCCUAGCAUUUUGGACAGAUGCCAUUUGCAGGGAAAGUUCUCUCUUCUUUUCCUUGGCAUUAGUGCAGAGUAUGCCCCAAUGCAUAUGUAUAAUCCCUUGCUUGUAUUUCUGCCUCAUGGUCUCCUGUUUCUCUUCCUCCUGUUCAGGGAAUCCAGGCAAGGGUCAGACAUCACGCGCAGUCAGGGUGCGCUGAACCCAGAUCCCUCUGGUGUGCUCCUUGAGCCUCCUCGGAUGACCAGCCGUCACCAUCUCGGGUAGUGCAACAUCCAGUCUUUCCCCAGAAUGGAGUUAACACAGCCCCUCUGCCUUCUCAGCCUUGCGGGGCCAAACACACAAACCACCAUCCAGGCACACCCCGUGUGGCUGGGCACCAGUGCUGUGGUGGUGGGGCACCACCCCACCUGCUGCUUACCCCCGCCCGGCAGCUGCAGUCAGUGUGGCUUCUUGAAUCCGCCCCAGCCCACUACCGUUAGUGUUCAUCACCUUGCCUCUCUCCCAGCUCACGGUGGACCGGCAGCCUUCGAGGCCAGCUGGGCCCUCUCCUCUGGUUCCUCCCCCUACCCACCUGCCCCCGCCCCCCACAAAGAGAUGAGCCAGUGUGCAAGGAGAGGGGAAGGUUCUUCGCGAGUACAAGCAGAGGGGCCGCUCUUGAUCCUGCUGCCUCCCCAGCAUGGUCGGCUGCUCCAAGCUGCAGGCCGGGUUGUCCCCUCCAAGCCACAGAAGAAGCAGGACAGUGGCUUCCAGGCGGUAGCUUCCUUCCUUCCUCUCCAGCUUUCCUCAGAGCUCUUGCCUGUCAUGUGGCCUUCCUCUUUCAGAUCUGGAUUUAGGUACAAACAUCACUAAGAAAAGCCUGUGUGGGCAGCCCUCCUGGGCUCUUGAGAAAACAGUCCCAAAGCUCUGGAGGUCUGAAAGAAAGGGAUGUGGUACCACUUUAAGAGAGAUAGACAGCAGUAUCUGAGUCCAGAGUCUCUUUAAACUAGCUUGUGUUUUGUGAUCAAUGUAUCAGCUUCCUGAAAUUAGCACCUUAUUGAGCCAAACAAGAUCAGUAGGUCUGUCUCUGGGCAUCCGACCCGGUUAGAUCCACAGUGGAUCAGGCCAAGUUUAGGCCACUGCCAGCUUUCUUGUAUUCCCACUGUCUGGGACCAGAGAUGCCAAGUAGCAUUACCGCAUCAAUGCUGGGGGCAGUGCCCAAUGGCAGUGGGCACUGUGCCAGGGACAGUAGCGAUCCCGAGCUGCUUAUCCAUCAGGAGACACCCCACAGUAGUCUGGUCGGUAGGUUGGCACCUGUCACCCUGUGGACGUCCAGCAGGAGGAAAACUCUGGAGAUCUGGAUAAGACUUUGUCGGCCCUUUAUUCAGCAGCACCUCCCUCUUGGGUCUCCCACACAGACUCCAUUUGGGAGUAGCUGACUGGCCAGUGUCAUCCAGUGGGGAGGUGAGUUGCAGAGGAGAGUGGACUGACUCUUCUCACCUGUAAUAAAGCUGACAUGAUUUCAGAGAAACCUGCUUCUCUAGCAACCAGACAGGUAUAAGCAUUUGCCUGCCAUAUUAAGGAAAAAUGGUGUCAUCUGUAGCAUUAAAAUGGUGGAUGCCUUUUCUCCCAGCCUAAAUGAUUAUAUAUGUAUGAAAAUAAGCAACUGUUAUGUUAAAGGCUAGAAUUUUUCAAAAGACCCAAGCAGAGGGCCUCCCUGGUGGCGCAGUGGUAAAGAGUCCGCCUGCCGAUGCAGGGGAUACGGGUUCGUGCCCCGGUCUGGGAGGAUCCCAUAUGCCGCGGAGCGGCUGGGCCCGUGAGCCAUGGCCGCUGGGCCUGCGCAUCCGGAGCCUGUGCUCCGCAACGGG